CUGGCAGCGGCAGCCUUGGCAGGAAAUUGGGGCUGGGCUGGGCCCCUGCGCUGCGCGAUCACAUCCCAGUCCCAGUCCCCACCGAGCGAUCCCUGGUCCGGGCCAUGGACGCAGCAGAGCCGGGGCUACCCCCGGCUCCUGAAAGCAGGAAGAGGUACAGUGAUAUCUUCCGGAGCCUGGACAACCUUGAGAUCUCACUGGAGAAUGUGACCCAUGAGACGCUGGCUGCAGACCCUGUGCUUUCAGAAGACCCAGAGCCUGACAAGACCCCCACAGCCACUGUGACCAGUGAAACCAGCCAUUUGAAUGACCCCUCCCCGGAGGGUCCUGCACCCCUUACAGGGGAGGAACUGGACUUGCGGCUCAUUCGAACCAAGGGGGGUGUGGAUGCAGCCCUGGAGUAUGCCAAGACCUGGAGCCGCUAUGCCAAGGAGCUACUGUCCUGGACCGAAAAGAGAGCCAGCCUCGAGCUGGAGUUUGCCAAAAGCAUCAUGAAGAUCGCUGAGACUGGCAAGGUGUCAAUCCACCAGCAGAACCACAUGCCCCUGCAGUACAUCUAUACCCUGUUUCUGGAGCAUGACCUCAGCCUAGGAGCCCUGGCUGUGGAGACAGUGGCCCAACAGAAAAGAGACUACUACCAGCCCCUGGCUGCCAAGCGGACUGAGAUUGAGAAGUGGCGGAAGGAGUUCAAGGAGCAGUGGAUGAAAGAGCAGAAGCGUAUGAACGAGGCUGUGCAGGCGCUACGGCGGGCCCAGCUACAGUAUGCACAACGCAGCGAGGAUCUGCGGGUGCGCUCCCAGGCAUCCCCGGAGGACCAAACCCCCCAGGCCUCGCCGGGACCCAGCAAACAGCAGGAGCGGCGGCGGCGUUCGCGUGAGGAGGCCCAGGCCAAGGCGCAGGAGGCUGAGGCCCUGUACCAGGCCUGCGUCCGCGAGGCCAACGCAAAGCAGCAGGACUUAGAGGCUGCCAAGCAGCGGAUUGUGUCCCACAUACGCAAGCUGGUGCUGCAGGGGGACGAAGUGAUGAGGCGGGUGACCCUGGGACUGUUCAGGCUGCGGGAGGCACAAGCAGAGCGUGGUCCCCGUGCCUUUGCCGCACUGGCGGAGUGCUGUGCACCCUUCGUACCCGGUCAGCGCUACCAGGAGUUCGUGAGGGCACUGCGGCCUGAGGCCCCCCCGCCCCCACCACCUGCCUUCUCUUUCCAGGAGUUUGUGCCUGCCCCGCACAGCUCCCCUCUAGACACAAGAAAAAAGCUCUCUGGUCCCCCACCUCCACGGCUGGAUGAGAGUGCAGCUGAGCCUUGGGAGGACACAGGCACAGGCUGGCAGGGGACGCCGGGCCCCCUUCCAGGCAGCGAUGUGGACAGCGUGGGCGGAGGCAGCGAGUCUCGGUCCCUGGACUCUCCUACUUCCAGCCCAGGUCUUGGCACAAGGCGGCUGGUGAAGGUCUCGUCCACAGGCACCGAGUCCUCGGAUGAUUUUGAGGAGCGAGACCCUGCAGACCUGGGAGAUGGGCUCGAGAAUGGGUCAGGCAGCCCCUUCAGGAAGUGGACACUGUCCAGCGCGGCCCAGACCCACCGGCUGCGGCGGCUGAGGGGUCCAGCCAAGUGCCGGGAGUGUGAGGCCUUCAUGGUCAGCGGGACCGAGUGCGAGGAGUGCUUUCUGACCUGCCACAAGCGCUGCCUCGAGACUCUGCUGAUCCUGUGUGGACACAGGCGGCUCCCAGCCCGGACACCCCUUUUUGGGGUUGACUUCCUGCAGCUGCCCAGGGACUUCCCGGAGGAGGUGCCCUUUGUAGUCACGAGGUGCACGGCCGAGAUAGAACAGCGCGCCCUGGGUGUGCAGGGCAUUUAUCGAGUCAGUGGGUCCCGGGUCCGUGUGGAACGACUGUGCCAAGCUUUCGAGAACGGCCGAGCGUUGGUGGACCUGUCGGGAAACUCACCUCAUGAUGUCUCAUGUGUCCUCAAGCGAUUCCUCCAGGAGCUCACUGACCCCGUGGUCCCCUUCCACUUCUACGAUGCCUUCAUCUCUCUGGCUAAGACCCUCCUGCAUGCAGACCCUGAGCACAACCCUGGGACCCCCAACCCCAGCCCUGAGGUUAUCCGCUUGCUGAAGACCCUCUUGGUGCAGCUGCCUGACUCUAACUACAACACUCUGCGGCACUUGGUGGCCCAUCUCUUCAGAGUGGCUGCACAGUUUGAGGAAAACAAGAUGUCUGCCAACAACUUGGGCAUUGUGUUUGGGCCAACACUGCUGCGGCCACCGGACAGUCCUGGGGCAGCUGGCACCAGCUCUGUUACUUACCUCCUGGACUCUGGGCACCAGGCCCAGCUUGUCGAGUUCCUUAUCAAGCACUACGAGCAGAUCUUCGGGAUGGACGAGCUCCCCAUGGCCACGGAGCCUCCGCCUCAAGACCCUAGCCCAGCCCCCGAGUCCCUCACAACCAGCCCCCAGCAACCACCCCCAUACCUUGCCCCGGAUCACCUGCCCCCAGCCCUAGCCUCAGACCCUGACCCAGACGCUGAGACCCACUGUGCCCUGGAGAAGCAUCCCGAGGCCACGCCCCCCGAGAUUCCAGCCCCACAUAGUGACUUGAGAGAGGAAGUGGCUGAAGACACCAAUGAUGAGCGAGGGGAAGUGUCCAGCCAAGGCCCCGAGGACUCACUCCUGGGGACACAGUCUCGUGGCCACUUCAGUCGCCAGCCAGUGAAGUAUUCCCGGGGGGGUGUGCGGCCUGUCACCCACCAGCUGUCCAGCUUGGCCCUGGUUGCUUCCAAAUUGUGUGAGGAGACCCCUGUCAUACAAGGGCUCCAAGGGAGCUUGCGGAGGAGGGGGCCCGGCCCUACUGUUGUCUCCUCCGAGGGCAGCCCCCUGCGCCGCGCCCCGCUGCCCAAGCAUUUUGAGAUCACCCAGGAAACAGCCCGACUACUCUCCAAGUUGCACAGUGAGGCUGUGCCCAAGGCCACCUGCUGCCCAGACCCCCAACCUGAGGAAGCUGAGGACCAUCUCUGACCAUCCCAGCAUUCUAACCAAGCAGCUCAGGACUGAGAAGAUGGACACAUUUCUCCCUAGAAGUUCAAUGUUAGGGGGUCUGGAGAGUUCCUAUAAGUAAAAACUACACGCCUGGAGGAAGACUAAAACCCUUUUGGGGGCAAUGUACCAGGAUUCCCCCACCAGACACAGGUCGCUGCCAAACAUCAGGGCCACUCAGGUUCAGAGGUCACUCAGGGUCAAUACUCAGUUUCAAUAAAGGUCACAAGAUCCUUGGGAUCCAUCCUAGUCUCAGACCUCUGGAACAGGGGUGCCUUUUGCUACUUUGGUUGCGGCCACUUCCCACUUCCCCACCUCCACCUGCCUCCUUAGCUGACCCCAAGUGACCAGCUCUUGGAGGGGUAGAGGGACAGCCCAGACAAAACAUACCGUAUGGUGGUGCCUGGGGUCUGAUAGCCUCUGAAUAAAA